AUGGCCGGCGGCCCCAAAACCCCCCUCAACGUCUUCAAGCUCAACCUGGGCUCGACACCCCGCGAAGUCCUAAACUGGAGACUAUGGUUCGCAGUCCUCUCUUUCGGUCUGAUGGGGGCCGCUCGUGGUGUCGACGAGGGCUUGAUCACGGGCGCCUUUGACAGCGUCGACUUCCAGCGCACCAUCGACUACGAGUCGUACAGCGCCGUUGAGCAAGCGAACAUCAAAGCGAACGUCACGGCAAUGGUACAGCUGGGCAGUGUCGGCGGCGCGCUGUUUGCGUUCCUUGUCUGCGACCGCAUUGGACGGAUUUGGGCGGCUAGGGGUCUCUGUGUGCUUUGGGUUCUGGGGAUCGCGAUCUUCAUGGGCCAUGGGCAUUCGCUUGGGGCGGUUUAUGCGGGACGUCUUAUUGCUGGACUUGGUGUGGGACAGACGGUUGUUGUUGCGCCGGUCUAUCUUUCGGAGAUUGCCCCCGCCCAAGUCCGAGGUCUCUGCACGUGUAUCUUCACGGGCUUCGUGUAUCUCGGGAUUGUGCUUGCUUACUUUGCGAACUACGGAUGCGAGGUCAACAUGGGCGACAACACGAACAAGCGCUGGGAAGUCCCAACAAGCCUGCACAUCAUGUUCGCCGGCAUCAUCUUCCUGCUAUCGUUCCUCCAAAUCGAGUCCCCGCGCUUCCUCGUCAAGCGCGCCCGCUACGACGAAGCCCUCACAAACCUCGCCAAGAUCCGCGGCCUCCCAACAGACCACGAGUUCGUCCUCGAGGAGCUCCACGGCAUCCGGUCCGCCCACGAGGCGGAGAUGGAGGCGACCCUGGGCGUCGGGUGGCUCGGUGUCCUGAAAGAGGCGGUCCUCGUCCCAGCGAAUCUGUAUAGACUGUACCUGGCCGCUGGCUGGUCCGGCGCCGGCAGCAUAACCGUCUACGCGCCCGACCUCUUCGAGCUCCUCGGCGUCUCCGGAUCCGAAGAAGGCCUCCUCGUAACCGCAGUCUUCGGGCUCGUCAAGCUCGCCGCCGCCGUAAUCUGCGCCCUCUUCCUCGUCGACGUCAUCGGGCGCAAGCGCGCCCUCCUCCUCGGCAUCACCCUCCAAGCCAUCUCAAUGAUCUACAUCGCCUCCUUCCUAACCGCCACACCCGCCCUCGGCGUCGACGACACCUUCACCCUCCCGUCUUCCAAGAAAGGCGCGUCCCAGGGCGCAAUCGCAAUGAUCUACAUCUCCGGCGUCGGCUGGGCGCUCGGCUGGAACAGCAUGCAGUACCUGCUAACCGCCGAACUGUUCCCGCUGCGGAUCCGCGCCCUCGCGACAUCAACCGCCAUGACACUGCACUUCGCGAAUCAGUACGGCAACUCGCGCGCCGUGCCGAACAUGCUCCUCCCCACGGCGCAGGGCGGGAUUGACCCCAAGGGCACGUUCUGGUGUUUUGCCGCCGUGACGAUUUUGGGGGGGCUGUGGGUGUGGUUUAGUAUUCCGGAGACGAAGGGGAGGAGUCUCGAGAGUAUGGAUGCGUUGUUUCAGUUGCCGUGGUGGAAGAUUGGGCUGUUUGGGAAUGCGGAUGCGGAGAGGAGGGAGCUUGUUGAGGGGAAGGUGGGGGUUGAGAGGGAAAUGCAUGUUUUGGAUGAGGAGAAGAAGGACGGGCUGGGGAGGGGGGAGACGGUUGAGAGGGUUUGA